GGAGAUAUCGGGGGUACAUCGAAAUGCCUCACAAUGGUUUGGGGAAUGGGUCAACCCCAAUUCUACAGCGCGUCGGGCUCGCCGGGGCCGCUGCUCGUUUUGCGCAACGCUCCUAUGCCGCCGACUACAUCGCAUUGGGGUUUCUAGUAGCAGGUUGGGUCUUGGUGCAACUCGUGAAGCCAUUUCAUCGGAUGUUUUCCCUCGACAAUAGGGCCAUCCAGUACCCAUUUGCUGUUCAUGAACGAGUUCCUGUUUUGUGGUCUGUUAUAUUCGCUGGCGUCAUUCCUUUUCUCAUCAUCCUUACUUGGUCCGCAAUGUGUCGUCCCGGUGUGCAAAAGACACAAGUAACGGUACUUGGGCUGCUCGUCGCCUUGAUGUUGACAUCGCUCCUCACGGACAUAAUCAAGAAUGCGGUGGGAAGGCCACGUCCAGAUUUACUAUCACGCUGCAAACCCUCUCGAGGUACAUCGAGCAAUGCGUUGGUCGCAUGGACCGUCUGCACAGAACCAAACCAGCACAUUCUACAAGAGGGAUGGAGGAGCUUUCCUAGUGGACACAGCAGCUUCUCCUUUGGUGGUCUGGGUUACCUAUCUCUUUUCUUGUGCGGUCAAAUGCACGUCUUCAGGCCCCGCACCGAUCUUGGGCGUUGUCUGUUGGCAUUCUUUCCAUUGCUAUGUGCUCUGUUGGUUGCCAUCUCACGUUUGGAUGAUUAUCGACACGAUGUCUACGAUGUAACAUGCGGAGGACUUCUGGGCAUGUUGAUAGCCUGGUUCUCCUACCGCCGUUACUAUCCGCCACUGCGCUCGGUUCUGUGUGAUAUCCCCUAUGACAAAUCGGACCUCGCUGGACCGGACGGCUUUACUAAGUUGGAUGACGAGGAGCAGGCUCUGUCGCGGCCAUUCAGUCCACGUUCUGGCCCGUCUCAGGAGAGCUAUCAGCUUGAAGAAACCGAGCCAUCUCGAUAAACUGGGUAUUGACUAU